GACCCUAACCCGACCCAACCCGCCCGUUUGCCAGGUCUAGAUUCAGUUCAUUAUGCUUCAGAGGUAGCAAGUCCAGCCGCUCCCUUCUCACCAAAGCCAAUGGUCAGCAAGAAACUCUUUGAUGAUGUAUUUCGUCGAUCACAUAAACCUGGAUAUGAUGUCAACUCUGGUAACUUUGAUGCUUACUAUGAUAGAAGCUCUGAUGGUUCUGCUGAUGUUAAACAAACGCUUACUUACUCUUCUGUAGCAAUUAAGCAACCAAAUCAAGAUAUUGAACAAUGUUCUUCUGAAAGUGGACAGGAUGAUGCAUUUUUUCAUGAAGAUGGGAUCUCAUCAACAGCUAAGGAAAAGUGGAGAAUACCAUUAGUGCAUUUGUUGCAGGAAAAAGAUGUCCAUGAGAAAGAUAAGAGCUCGGAAGCCUUUAGUACAUGGCAAACAACUGCAGGAGAUGCACAUAUGUCACAAUUACAUGAAACCUAUGCAUACUUUGCUGGUGCAGCAUACUUCUCAAGCAUACCCGUGGAUUUUAUUUGUCCUCUAACAGGAAAGCUUUUCGAAGACCCAGUGACACUAGAGACAGGUCAAAAUUUUGAGAAAACAGCCAUCAAGGAAUGGUUUGAUGGAGGGAAAUAGAACAUGUCCAGUAACAGGAAAAACUUUGGAAUACCUGUCAGUGCCACAUACCAACUUUGUUUUGAAGCGUGUCAUUGACAGUUGGAAAGCAGAAAACCAUAGACAUCUCUUGAAUUUUAGCUAACAAAUUGUGAGGAUUUCA